UUAAAAUUACAUUGCGGAAAACAUGUUAAGCCAAAUAUUUUAAUGCCAUUUUGUUUACCAUAUACAAUGUAUAUAAUCACUUGAUAUUUAACAAGUGUUAAGUCGGAUUAGAUCAUUUAAAGAACUUUGUUACGCUUGUGGUUGAAGAAAGAUAUAAGCAGUUUAAAAUGCGAAAAUUUAAUAUUCAUUAAAAAGUAAGGGCUCGAUCGGAAAAAACGGAAUAUCUUUCAAGGUGUUCGGGUCGACAUAACCUCGCAGAAUGGGCUGCGGAAGUUCCAGUACAGCUGUCCAGACGUUCCAGAAUCCAGAAGAAAACAAAAACUAUCAGAGCCAUCAAAAAGUGCCAUCUAGACAGGCGUCUGCUGCAUCUUCGAUUAGAAGCAAAAAAUCGAAAAAGUCGAGUAGAAAGUCGUCUGCGUCAAGUCGCUCGUCGUCUAAAAGCGCAGAUAGCAGCCGGCAGAAAAGAGAAGAAGGAAGUAGAGCAAAUAGUGCAAGUACCAGGAAAACGUAUACAGUCCAGAGACAAAAUUCUGAAGUAGUAAAUGCGUCAACACUAGUUACUCCAAUUGACACUCAUGUCGACAAUGAAUCUGAACAUGAAAAUGAUGUAGAACAUUUAAAAUCUGCUAAUGCAGAAGAGGAAAAGAAAUUAGAAGCUCAGAGGCAUCACGAGGAAAUUCAAAAACAAACAUUCUUAACUGGUGAUCCGGACCAUGAAGUCGAUACGAAAAAUGUGACAGGAAAUUACCAGAAGAGUAGAUCAGAGGAUCACGAGGAAAUAGCUAAACGAAAAGAAGAGAAGCGAUCUCGCUUCAAUCAUGAGGAAGUAGAAGAAGAAUUUAUAAAAAAUAACAACGCGGUGCCUUUGUCGUUUCCAUCAGAUAUGGAUGAAGCUGAGGAAAUAAAUGCCGAGUACACUAUAGAUGAUAUAGUAGAACACAAUAAUGAGGUGUCUGGUUUAGACUGGUUUAAAUACGGCAAGAAGAUCUACAGCUGGAAGAAGAUGGAACCGAUAAUCAAGGGGCGGGUAGAUCAUUUUAAAGACCUAGUAGAUCCAUAUAUCACUCAUUCAUACCCGAUUUAUAUAGCAAGACAGCAUAAGGUAUCAAGAAAAGAGCUAGCAAAAGUCCUUUUAUGUUGUCACGUUGGAUAUUCUGUCGAAGUGCCAGAAGAGCAAAAAUUGUCUCGUAUGAAGCAAAGUGCUGAAAAUGUUCUUGAAGAGUUGGACAGUGAUUCAGACUAUGCUAAAGAGUUUAGAGAUCAGUUGAAUAGAUGGUUAGCAAGUUAUCCGCACUGUAAAAUAGCUAAUGAUCCUCCGGACGCUACGACAAAUCCGAACGAACUCACCUUUCCUCUUCCAGCUGAUAUUCAUUCCGAUCCUACCGUUCUAAGAAAGUGGAUAGAGACAUGGACUGCAUUUGAUUGCGAAGUGCCGGCGGAAGGAGCAUGGGUUAUGGCAGAAUUUACCAAUGAAGGUCUUGGUGAUACUAAUGAGGUGUUUGCGAAUGCAGUCAAAGAAGGUCAUGGUAUUGAGGCAUUAGAUCCACUUGAUAUGACAAUUGAUGGUGACGCUGCAUGGUUUGUAAUUGAACUUGAUUUGUUUAAGAAUGAUCAAACAACUGAACAACAAGAAAAUGUAUGGAAGAAACGAGCCACUAGAACGAACCUCAACGACCCUGUCUGGAUGAAGAACAGACGAGAAGAACUGGGUGAUGUUCUCAAAAAGCGGUAUAUGGAAAUGGAAAAAGAUUAUCCGAUGGAAAACUUUAAAAACUUUGCUGAAAUACUUGAGAAGCAUUGGGAAGAAUUCCAAACUUUAUGUGCAAAGGAAUUCACACCACCUGUCCGAAAGGUUAGAGAAACGCCGGAAAUUAAACCGGAUAGUACAGAGAAUUAUAAAACAGAUAAAGAACAGGUAAGUGAUCACAUGGACAAUACCGAUAAUAAACAUAUAUUUAAUCAUGAUGACGAAAGCCAAAUGAAAGAAGACAGAAGUGUGAAUGAGCAUUGCGAUUAUGAGGCAAACUCGUUGGUACUUGAGUCAAAUAUUAAACAGGAUACUGAAAACAAUGAAAGGUCUGAGAGUAGAGGAAGUUUUGAUGGUACAUGUAAAAGAGACACUCCUGAAAAUAAUUCAAGGGCAGGAAGUGGAAGAAGUAGUUCUAAUAAAGGAAUAAGUUCUGAUGACAAAUUAAGGACAAGAAGCAGGGAAAGUGACCAAAGUACAAAGAAAAGAGACUCUCCUGAAAACAUUCUAAGGCUACAAAGCAGGGAAAGCUCUCGUACAUCAAAUAAGGAGGAAGGCAGUAACAAUGUCAUUGAAGAUCAGGAUCAAAUGCCUAAUUUAGAAACAAAUGACAGUGGUCUUGAUCUAACCUCUAAUGAUCAACUUGAUGUUGGAAAAGCUAGUGUUGAAAACGAGAAGAAAGAAGGAGAUAACUUGCAGCUGUCUGACAAGAAUGACGUCAAUGGUGGUACUAAAAAGGAUGACGGGGAAGCUUUUGACGACUUUUAUUAACUGUUUAAACCAGCUAGACCCCUGUAAAACUCAUUUUUCGUGUGUAAGUAAAUAUCAAAUUGAGUAUGUAUGUGUAUAUGAAGAUCAAAGAUAUGUGUUUGGUGGCUUGGAUAUUGGUAAUACACUCAUUACCAAAACUGAUUUAUUGAAUUUGUGAAGUAGAUUUUUACCUGUUUUGUAUUUUGAACAAUCUAUUCAAUAACAAAAUACAAAAAUUGAGCUUCAGGCAACAUAGGGCCAGAUCAGGUUAAAUUAGACUGACAUUAUGCAAAUGACACAGUCUAAUCUCUUUCGGUUCAAAAAAGGUCAAUGGGUUAAUUUAUUUAUUUAUUUUUGUCAAUCAUAUUGAUUUUGUUUGUUUUUAUUAGAAUUAUUUUUAUUAUCAUUAUUUCAAAUACACAUUUUUUAUAUUCCACAUGUACGGCUCAACAUCUAUUUUCUUAUUGUAAUUAUUCAUUUAUGAUAAUUAUUGAACUUUAAAACUGUACAAUUGUAAUUAAUGCCUUAGAUGUUGAUUUUCAAAUAAUUUGCUAUUUGAAUAUCACUCAAGGCUUUUUCGUCAUUCUUGCAUGUAAAUGUGAUAUAUUUAGUUGCCGUCCCUGAAUGUUCUAAGCAGUUUUCUGCUAUGUGAUGUGCUUCAUUUUGCAGCAGACGACAUUCUUAAAACGUUUUUUUUUUAAUCUUUCAGUCCUUUUUUGCAUGGUAAUGGCUAAGCUCAAAAUACAUUAUAGAGUAUCAAUAUUCGAGGAUGCAUCAGUAAAUUCGUAAACUAAUUUAAUAACGGGGAAAUGAUUCAAUUCAAGUACCUAAAAGGAUUAUUCCUUCUCAAAGUAACGUCCAAUGCACGAUUUGCAUUUGCAUUUAAAGUUUCAUUUUAAACGGACCAAUAGUUUUGACGCUAUUGAAUUACAUUUAGUUUAAGAAUUUAUUGAUGCACCGUCGUACAUGUAAUAAGUAGCGACUAAGAUUAAGUUACUGAAAAAUGUGACUCACGUACAGCUAUGACCGUCUUUGAACUAAAUCACUUUCCAUAUGCUUGAGCAUUCCUCUACGAAUUCAUAACAUUUGAAAAAAAUAAAAACAUUGUUAUACUGGUAUUUAAAUUCUAAUUUAGCCAACCAACAUAAUGGGUUUGCGACCAGCAUGGAUCCAGACCAGCCUGCGCAUCCGCGCAGUCUGAUCAGGAUCCAUGCUGUUCGGUAUCAGUUUCUCUACUCUUGUUAUAGGGUUUGCAAGCGAACAGCAUGGGUCCUGAUCAGACUGCGCGGAUGCGCAGGCUGGUCUGGAUCCAUGCUGGUCGCAAACCCAUUAUGUUGGUUUUGUCAUGACUCGGCUCAAUUUAUUUGGCUUAAUUAUGCCCUGUGAGAAAACAAAAUAGGUUUCAUAUUCACCCUUAUCUGUGAUACAGAAGUGAAUUUAUUUUUAAUAGUUUAUGUCAUAUUUUGCCAUUUGUCUUUCUUCAAACAUUAAAAUUCUAUAGAAAAUAAA